CCUUAUCUUUUUGGGGGCAGGAGUUGUUAGCACAGUUUAUCUUGCUCGCUGCGAGUCCUCCCUCAGCUGAGACAUGCACUCCGGUGCCGCCUGCUUUUUUUCCCCCUCUCGCUCUCUCUCUUUUAUGUUUUCUUCUUGUUGUUUUUCUUUUUAAAUGUGUCAAGUGAAGAGUUCCUCUUCCCCCCUCUCCCUUUCCACUCCAAAGAACCACCCUCCAGUUCAUUAAAACGCUGGGACUGCUCCGCUCCAGUGCCAGAGGGGAGAGCGAACCUGUACAGCCUGCAUGUGUGUGUGUGUAAAAUAGAUCCAAAAAUGUCCAUGAACAGCAGGAAAAGUUCUGGGAGACCGUCCUACUACUACCGACUGCUCCGGAGGUCACGACUUCAGAGACAGCGCAGCCGAUCCCGCAGCCGGAGCAGGCUUAGCAGGGAGUCCCCCCCGGAGCGGUGCGGGCAGAGGCGCAGCAUGCCCAGCGGCAUCGCGGAGAAGAGCCCCGGCAUGGAGCCCGCGGCCACCACGCCUUUCCGGGUCACGGGGUUCCUCAGCCGCCGGCUUAAAGGCUCCAUCAAAAGGACAAAGAGCCAACCGAAGCUCGACAGGAACAGCAGCUUCCGGCACAUUUUACCUGGCUUCAGGAGUGUGGACCAUGAAAGAUCCCAUCUAAUGCCGAGGCUGAAGGAAUCGCGCUCCCACGAGUCCCUGCUCAGUCCCAGUAGUGCUGUUGAGGCUCUGGAUCUCAGCAUGGAGGAGGAAGUGGUCAUCAAGCCAGUCCACAGCAGCAUCCUGGGACAAGACUACUGCUUUGAGGUGACGACUUCAUCAGGAAGUAAAUGCUUCUCGUGUCGUUCGGCAGCAGAGCGAGAUAAAUGGAUGGAGAACCUGCGGCGUGCCGUGCACCCCAACAAGGACAACAGCAGAAGGGUAGAGAAUAUGUUAAAGUUAUGGAUUAUUGAAGCCAAGGACCUGCCAGCUAAGAAAAAGUACUUGUGUGAAUUAUGCCUGGAUGACGUUCUUUAUGCACGAACUACCUGUAAAUUGAAAACUGAUAAUGUCUUUUGGGGGGAGCACUUCGAAUUUAAUAACCUCCCAUCACUCAAAAACAUUACUGUGCACUUAUACAAAGAGACUGACAAGAAGAAGAAGAAGGACAAGACCAACUUCAUUGGGCAGGUGAACAUCCCGGUGAGCUCGGUGACGGGCCGGCAGUUCGUGGAGAAGUGGUACCCGGUGCUGAGCCCCAACCCCGGCAAGGGCAAGUCCCCAGGGCCCAUGAUCCGCAUCAAAUCCCGCUACCAGAGCAUGAGCAUCCUGCCCAUGGAGAUGUACAAGGAGUUUGCUGAGUACAUCACCAACAAUUACAUGGUGCUGUGCUCGGUGCUGGAGCCCUCGCUGAGCGUGAAGAACAAGGAGGAGAUGGCGUCGGCGCUGGUGCACAUCCUGCAGAGCACGGGCAAGGCCAAGGAUUUCUUGACUGACCUGAUGAUGUCUGAAGUUGAUCGCUGUGGUGAGAAUGAGCAUCUCAUUUUCAGGGAGAACACACUGGCCACCAAAGCAAUCGAAGAAUACCUGAAGCUGGUGGGGCAGAAAUACUUACAGGAUGCCUUAGGGGAGUUCAUCAAGGCACUGUAUGAAUCAGAUGAAAAUUGUGAGGUGGAUCCCAGCAAAUGUUCAUCUUCGGACCUCCCCGAACAUCAGGGCAACCUGAAGAUGUGCUGUGAGCUGGCCUUCUGCAAGAUCAUCAACUCCUACUGCGUCUUCCCAAGAGAGCUCAAAGAAGUUUUUGCCUCGUGGAGACAAGAGUGCAGCAACCGCGGCCGCCCCGACAUCAGCGAGCGGCUGAUCAGCGCCUCGCUGUUCCUGCGCUUCCUGUGCCCGGCCAUCAUGUCCCCGUCGCUCUUCAGCCUGCUGCAGGAGUACCCCGACGACCGCACCGCGCGCACCUUGACCCUCAUCGCCAAGGUCACCCAGAACCUCGCCAACUUCGCCAAGUUUGGCAGCAAAGAGGAAUACAUGUCCUUUAUGAAUCAGUUCCUGGAACAUGAAUGGACUAACAUGCAGAGAUUUCUUCUGGAGAUUUCCAAUCCUGAAACCAUCUCAAACACAGCUGGCUUUGAGGGCUACAUUGACCUGGGCCGGGAGCUGUCCACAUUGCACUCACUACUCUGGGAAGUCAUUUCCCAACUGGAGCAGGGCACUGCCACCAAACUGGGGCCUCUGCCGCGGAUCCUGCGGGACGUGAACGCCGCUCUCAGUAACCCGGCCUGCGUGCAGGUGUCGGUCACUGCCGAGCACGCCGCCUCCACGCCCAGUGCUGGCAACAGCAUCUCGGCAGGGCUGCAGAAAAUGGUCAUAGAGAAUGACUUAUCUGGUCUGAUAGAUUUCACACGGUUACCAUCUCCAACCCCUGAAAACAAGGACUUGUUUUUUGUCACAAGGUCUGCUGGGGCCCAGCCCUCGCCUGCCCGAAGCUCCAGUUACUCAGAGGCCAAUGAGCCCGACGUGCAGAUGUCUAAUGGCAGCAAGAGUUUGUCCAUGGUGGACUUGCAGGACAAUCGGCUCUUGGACAGUGGGGCCAGCGUGCCCGGCACAGCCGACUCCCUCAAUGACAGUCAGUCGUCCCUGGGGCAGUUGCAGGGCGUGUGGAGCACACGGACUCAGCAGAACAGCGUGACGGGCAUGGCCACCGUGCGCCGGGUGGGGCAGACCCCCACCACGCCGAGCGGCGAGAGCGCGCCCGGCCGGCCGCAGCUGCUGGCGCCGCUGUCCUUCCAGAACCCCGUGUACCAGAUGGCCGCCGGGCUGCCGCUGUCCCCCCGCGGCCUGGGCGACUCCGGCUCCGAGUGCCACAGCUCGCUCAGCUCCCACAGCAACAGCGAGGAGCUCACGGCCAACAAGCUGGGCUUCGCCGGCCCCGCCGCCGCCGAGGACUUCUCCCGCCGGCCGGGGGAGCUGGCCCGGCGGCAGCUGUCGCUGACCGAGAAGGGCGGGCAGCCCACGAUGCCGCGGCAGAACAGCGCGGGCCCGCAGCGCCGCAUCGACCAGCCGCCGCCGCCGCCGCCGCCGCCCGUCAGCCGCGGCCGCACGCCGCCCUCGCUGCUCAACACCGUGCAGUACCAGCGACCCUCCAGCGGCAGCAUCAUGUCCUCGUCGCCCGACUGGCCCGGCAGCGGGGCGCGGCUCCGGCAGCAGUCCUCCUCCUCCAAAGGUGACAGCCCCGAGAUGAAGCAGCGCACGAUGCACAAACAGGCCCCUUCUCCUGUGAACCCCAAUGCCCUGGACCGCACUGCUGCUUGGCUUUUGAAUAUGAACAUGCAGUUUUUAGAAGAUGAAAGCAUUGACCCAGAUUCCAAGCACAGGGAUAAGCUCAGGAAUAAGGACGAGCUCAGCCAAGCAGAAAAGUACCAGCAGGACCUGGUGGUGCUGCAGGACAAGCUCCGCAUCUCCAACAAGAAGCUGGAGGAAUACGAGACUCGCUUCAAAUGCCAGGAGGAGACCACGCAGAAGCUGGUGCUGGAGUACCAGGCCAGGCUGGAGGAGAGCGAGGAGCGGCUCCGGAGGCAGCAGGAGGAUAAGGAGAUCCAGAUGAAGGGCAUCAUCAGCAGACUGAUGUCAGUUGAGGAGGAGUUAAAGAAGGACCACGCUGAAAUGCAGGCUGCUGUGGAUUCCAAGCAGAAGAUUAUUGAUGCACAGGAGAAACGCAUUGCUUCCCUGGAUGCUGCCAACGCACGGCUAAUGAGUGCCCUUACUCAGCUGAAAGAGAGGUACAGCAUGCAGACACGUAAUGGGAUCUCCCCCACAAACCCAACUAAAUUGCAGAUUACAGAGAAUGGCGAAUUCAGAAACAGCAGUAAUUGUUAACGCGCGGAGGGCGCUGCCGCAGGAGAGGCCUGGCCGGAGGGACCGAGCACAGCAGGCGUGAGCCGCGGCUUCAGAGAACGGCUGCUCCCCGAGCACCAGCUCCUUACUGCGGACGGCGCCGACUGACCCUGCUGGGAGAUGUCCUGCCAGCACUUUGAGGGACGGGAAUGGCGAGUGUGAGAUGAGUGGCAUAAGGAAAUAACAUAUAUUUGAGAAUCGCUGUCACUGUUGGAUUUGAAUCAGUGUUUAAUGUUUAAACAAAAGUAACCUUUUCCUUCUAAACUGCCCAAAGGAUAUGCCUCACCCCUCCCAGCAAGGAGUAACGUCCUUGUCAUUGCAGUAAGCGAAAUAAAGGGAGCUGGGCAGAGCCUGCAGCAGGCAGGGGCCCAGUAAGUCCAGUUGCAGUGUGCUGCUGGAUGUAGCGUCCGAGGGACGGCAGCAAAGCCUGGCCCGCUCCUCCUGUGACUCCCCCCGGAGCACAGCCCUCCCAAAGUGAACCCCAGCCGAGCCCACAUCCUUCCUGGGGGCUUUUGUGAGGCCACUGACUUCUACAGCAUCCCCAGGGCAUUUAUGCAGCUAAUUAGUGUCUAAUUAACUCCGCCCAUCCAGGGAGCACAGUGCAGAUGGAAGGUCAGGGCAGUGUGGUGGCCAGAGGGGUGCUGUGUGGGGAACCCCGGUGGCAGGGGGGCAGGACGGUGCUGCUGGGGGUCCCUGGGCAGCCCAGGGGCACAGAGCAAGGCCGAGGCUCUGGUACAGGAGUGGAGGGAGGAGCUGGCACCUGGUGAAUAGCAACUCGAUUCCUCUGGACAGCUUCUGCUCUCUCACAACUAAAGGGGAAGAGUUUUGUAAGCAAUAGCCCCAGGCACUGUCCGCACACUUCCCGCCACAGAAUAAAGUGAAUGUUGCCUGAGCUUGGUCCCUGAGCUGUGAUUGAGGGACAGGGGCUGGAUUUGCUGGUGCCUGUUGUGGUAGAGGGGGCGCGAGGGGCUACGUGCAGUGGCAGCUUCCUGCUUGAUCAAGGGUUCAUUGUGGGGAUGGAAUGCUCUGUGCUGAAAGUUUUACUAUUUCUGGGGAGAAAAACAGACAAAGAAACAAGAAAAAGCCCUGAAGAACCAUGAAGAUCGGUAAUUGUAUUUCUUUUCUUUCACAGUAUGCAUUAGAAAAAAAAAGAUCCCAUUUUCUGGAAUACUGAUCUCUUUAAAUUGGGAAUGAGCACUGCAUGGAAAUUAACCGGCUUGAAGAAUGUAAAACAUGGUCAUAAGGGAGUAACCACCAAGAACAGCAGCCACCACCGAAAGGCCCCUUGUCAGGAGCACUUGCAGGCAUAAGCCAGGAUUAGACUUUCCCAGCGCCGAGACGCGUUGUGCUCAGCGGAGGGGGCGCCCCUUCACGGGGGUCGUGCCGCUGACCUGCCGCCACGCUGUGUUUGUGGCUUUGUGGUUCUUGCAGUUAGUCCUUCACAAGGCCCACUCUCAGAGCAGGUCCCUCCUACCGAGAGCCAGAGGUUUCUCUGAGAUACGGAUGACAGUGUACAGUGUACAGGACAUCUGCCUAUGCUCCCUCUAAAGGUUAACACACUGCUCAACGCCUGUCCUAGCUCCUCCUGCCAUGUGUAAAUGUACAGCCCAAGGGACUAGGACGCUCCCUGAGCUCUGCUCUGCUUAGGUACCGUCUCCAGCCUCACACUUCCCAGGCUGCCUGAGCAGGACACUUUGCCAGUAAGCUCUGCAUUGCCGUGCUGUCCCACAGCCGUAAGGCUCCUUAACAGCAUUCUUCCUCAUGCAAUCAUUUGCAAAAUUAAAGAUGCUCUUUUUGCUACACAUUUUUCUGGUCCCUGGAAGCCCUGGGCCAAGCCCAGGAGGAGCGAACGUGUUGCACUGAGGUCUCCACACCCCGCCAACACCUGCCGAGGGGUGCAGCACACAGCAGACCCCAAACGGAGCUCCUCAGAGCAAUGUCAUAACUCAGUACUUAUGGCAAGUACAGUCACCUUUGAAUUCUGGAGACUAGCACAGAUGGCUUUGAAGAACCUCACAAAUCUGACAAGGUUACAACUGGAGAAAGACCCAGACAGGUUAGGAAUAUACAGGGUACUGUGAACCGUUGGGUACGUAGAUUUACACCUGCCACUGUCUCAGAGUCAAAUACAUGAUAAGAACCCUGCAAAAAAGACUAUUUUAAAUGCUUUUGCCCUAAGAUGCCUGUUUAGAGCUAAUUGUUUUGAAUUCUAUGUAUUUGUGUUGCAAGAGACUGGAGUUUUUCAAGACAGAAGUGACAUAGAGGAAUGGAAACGCUAACAGGGCACGGGGCGGGCGCCCCACCAGCGACGUUUCCAUUCAUACAUGGAAGUAAUUUUGGGAUGCAGUCAGUGCUCUCCGUAAGAGCUGGAAAAAGAAACGCCCACAAACCAAUUGUUUAGUGCUGAAGCUAUGCACAGUACAUCUUAAUCUUCUCCUCAACCACAAGCCAAGGCACUGCUCCCCCCACCUGCCCCGAUCUGUCACAAACUCCUGGUUACCCUCAAACUUGCAAAUUACUGAACACAUUGUUCUGCUGAAAUAGCAGGAAUGCUUAAAUCCUUCCACAGCCAGUUAUUAAAAUCUUAAAAGUUCCAGUGCCAA